CUCGCGAGAAUUCCAAGGGAAGCGGAAGUGAGGUAAAAGAAGAUAAAGAAGAAGUGAGGAAGCGGAGAACUGCGUGCUCAACAAAUGCCGCAAUAUUUCUAUCCUAGUGCGUCCCUUCUGUAAGCUAUAGAAACCCUUCACGAUGCUAGAUCUCUUCACCAUCUUCAGCAAGGGCGGGAUCGUCCUGUGGUACUUCCAGGGGGUGAAUCAGGUCCUGACAGAGCCGGUGAAUGCGCUGAUCAAGACAGUCAUACUGCAGGAACGUGGAAGUGUCAGCUCCUUCCAGCAUGGCUCCCUCACACUGGAGUACAAGCUGGACAAUGAGUUUGAGUUGAUUUUUGUGGUUGCCUAUCAAAAGAUACUUCAGUUGUCAUAUAUUGACAAGUUUAUUGACGAUGUGCGUCGAGAGUUUCGUGAUAAAUAUGCCCAAGACCUCAGAGAUGGAAAUGUCAUGCGAGACUUCGACUUUACGGAGGAGUUUCAGCGACUCCUGAAGAAGGCGGAAGCCUCGGCAAAGAACCAAGCUAAGCAACCCAGGCAGAUGAGGACAUUUGAGGAGUCUCAGAAGUCGCAGAAAUCCGUGGCUUCCCUCAAGGUCGACAAGAAAAAGGAGAAAGAAAAGGAAAAUGUUGGGAAGAAAAAAGGGAAAGCUCCUCCUGAGCCAGCUCCUCCAGCAGCUGUUAUCAAUGGGGGGACUGUGAACACAGGAGGGGGAGGGGGAGGGGAGGGGCAGGACACCAUCCAACGCAACAGGGAGGAGUUCUUCAAGAAGAUGACGGGCAAAGGAAGCAAAAAGAACAUAGGAACAUCCCCCAAACCUGAGAAGGAGAAGGAAAAGAAGAAAGGUAAAGCCCCCACCAAGUGGGCCCAUGGUGGCUCCAGCAAGGACGCCAAGAUUCUGGACUUCAGUGGAGACAAGGAGAGUAACGGAACCAUGGCUGGGGAGGAGGACCUGGGGGAUACUGAGCGUGCCUGGGUGGGUUCCAUGAGUGGUGAGCUGAAGAGUGUUGGGGAUUUGUAUGAAGAGGAGGAGGAGGAGGAAGAUGAUGAUGAGGAGGAGAUUCAGCAGAAGGACAGCAAAAAGUCCAGUGGUUUUGGUGUGUUCAACAUGUUCAAAGGGCUGGUUGGUCAGAAGACCGUCACUGCUGAGGCCAUGGCUCCAGUGCUGGACAAGAUGAAAGAUCACCUGAUUGGCAAGAACGUGGCGGCUGACAUCGCUGACCAGUUGUGUACAUCAGUGGCUACUAAACUGGAGGGGAGGGUGCUGGGCACCUUCAGUGGCGUGACGUCUACCAUCCGCCAGGCCAUCCGUGACUCCCUGGUCCAGAUUCUGACCCCAAAGCGCCGUAUCGACAUUCUUCGUGACGUGAUGGAAGCCAAGAGCCAGAACCGCCCGUACACCAUCACCUUCUGUGGGGUCAAUGGGGUCGGCAAGUCUACCAAUCUGGCUAAGAUCUGUUUCUGGUUGGUGGAGAACGGCUUCCGCGUGCUGAUCGCCGCCUGUGACACGUUCCGAGCGGGAGCGGUGGAGCAGCUGCGGACCCACGCGCGGCGCAUGGCGGCCCUCCACCCGCCCGAGCACCACAGCGGGGUCAAGAUGGUGCAACUGUACGAGAAGGGCUACGGCAAGGAUGCAGCAGGCAUCGCUAUGGAGGCCAUCAACUUUGCUCGUGAACAGCGCAUUGACGUGGUGUUGGUGGACACUGCUGGCCGCAUGCAGGACAACGAACCACUCAUGAGGGCUCUGUCUAAGCUGAUCAAGGUGAACCAACCUGAGCUGGUGCUGUUUGUGGGGGAGGCCCUGGUGGGAAACGACUCCGUAGACCAGCUGACCAAGUUUAACCAGGCGCUGGCCGACUUCAGCAGCAUGGAGAACCCGCGGCUCAUCGACGGCAUCCUGCUCACCAAGUUCGACACCAUCGAUGACAAGGUGGGUGCGGCCAUCUCCAUGACCUACACUACCGGCCAGCCCGUCGUGUUCGUGGGGACAGGCCAGACUUACACCGACCUCAAGGCCCUCAACGUCCAGGCCGUGGUCAAUGCUCUCCUGAAGUAACCUGCCAACCAGCCUUGUGGACGUCCUGCCCUUACUGCCACUAGCCUGAGUACCAUCCUCUCUAGCUGGCUCAAUCCCUUCGCUUGCUAACCACAUUGGUUAGCAAAUUAAAGUAUUGAGCCAGCGGUCACUUUGGAGGAUGGCACUCAGGCUACACUGCUGCAGUGCAUAUUUUAAACCGUACCAUCCAUAGCAAAGAAGCUAGGAAAUGAUUUGUUAUGAAAGAAUACCUCUUAAUUGUUCAUAGUUCUGUGUAUAAACCUAUUUAUGUCCAAAUUAGCUGUGUGCAACAACAGCUUCAUCUCAUCUCAGUUAAGCUAAAAGAAUGUCACAAGAAGCAAUACCAAAUAGUCAACUCAAAAUGAAGAAACCUUACCCUUUUCAUCAAUCCUGUUAGCCAGAAACACCUCCAAUAUGACAUGUUUUAGUUGUUCACCAGAAACACCUCCAAUAUGACAUGUUUUAGUUUAGAAAUUACAGUGUUAUCCUCUGAAGUGAACGUCUGUCAGAUUCAAGUAUAUGACAGGACAGGUGAUGUUCUGUUUCUUUCAUUCCUUUAUGGCGGUAAUUUUAAACAAUUGUGAUUAUUUGUAUGCAACAGGAUGCAAAAAGCCUUCUGAAUAUUGGGGCUGAGAGUUUGUAAGAAAAUUGAAAUGCACGUAAUAAAGCUGUGAUAUGCAAAA